AUGUCUGUGGUUGAGGAGGAUGACAACGCAGAGCACAACAUCUCGCGAAUAUCUACAUCGCUUUCGCCGGCCUUGUUCGUGGACUUGCAGCAGAAAAUAAAGACGUUGGAGAGGAAGCUCGCGUCGCGUGAAAAGGACCUCACGAGUAGGAACGAUAAGACCCAUGGACCGAAUCGAGCUCGGCUGUUGACAGGCACUAGAGCUGCGUUGCAGAAAACCGAAGCCGAUCUGAAGGAGUACUGGAAGGAGGCUCAGUUGCGCAAAAGAGAAGUUCAGGCGCUGGAGACGAAGCUCGAGGAAAUGAGGAAAGAACGAGACCUUGCACUUGCCGAGAACAGGAGGAUUGUGAAUGACCGCAAGUUUCUGGUGUGCCUACCCGGACCCCCUGAGAGGUCGGCGAUCUGCUUGUUGGGUGUCGUAGAGCUACAGCGACAGCAGGAGGCGAUGUCCCGGGCGAAAGUUGAGGAGGAAAAGUUGGAGAAAGAGAGAGAAAUUGACGCAGCGAAGAACAAGAGCCGCAUGCUGGCAAGCACGCAGUCGUCGUUGACUAGCCAGAUCGCUAUUGAGAGGGAACGUAGAUGGAAAUUGAAGAAGGCUGUGAGAGAUAAACUGAAGCGAGUGGAGGCUAAGGAGACCUUCAUGAAGAGCGUUUUGGAUGACCACAGUAUGACCGCUGAAGCCUGGGAGGAUAAGUUGGCUCAAGAACGCGACCGAACAGAAGAGGCACUGAAGCAGUUGGAACGUGCUAACGCACUCGCAUCGAGGUUGGAAGAGGCGCUUAUUGGCAAGCAAUCGGCGAAGGACCAGAUGCAGUACCAGCUAAGAGAACUGCAGAAUUCGAACAAGCAAUUGAGGGAACAGCUGGAGAAGACAAGCCGGAAACUCUUCCUCGUGGAAACUGACAAGAAGGAGACCGCCAAAUUAUGGCGUAUGAUGCAUUUGGCACAGAUAGACGCGAACACAGCAGCCAAGUCGGCUCAUUGGGAGAAGGGCAGUGCGAGGACCGAAGAAGAUGCGAAUUCAUAA